UUGGGGGUGGUGUCCCAGGCCAGUCUGGGUGUUGGUUUGGCUGCACUCUUAGCCUCUGCUGCUCCCCCUUUUGAGAUGGCAUGGUCUCUGUGCCAGAGCCAUGCCCAGCCUGGGAGUGCCUAUGGCAAUAGCAGCGGCUCCCUGUCCAGGAGAGCCUGAUCCACCAGUCCCCAAGACUUCUGCAAAAUCUAACUGUCCCUCACUCACCCCCACACACACCACACAUGUCCACACUCUCUCCUUGCACUCUUUUACUCACACUCUUUUCCUCACUGCCAUUCUGCUGGCUGCCAUGUUGCGAUAAGCCAAUUUGGGUACCUUUUAUUACUUCUUCUUGUCUGAUUGCUGUGGCUAGGACUUCCAGUACUAUGUUGAAUAAGAAUGGUGAAAGCAGACAUCCUUGUCUUGUUCCUGUUCGUAAGGGAAACAUGUUUAGUUUUUGCCCAUUGAGUAUUAUUUUGGGUAUAUGUCAUAUCUUGAGGUAUGAUCUCUCUAUUCCUACUUUAGUGAGAGCUUUUAUCAAAAAAGGGUGUUGGGAGAGCAACAGAAACUAAGAGGAGCUCAAACUGUUAUAGUCUCGCCUUCAGAACUUUCGGAAAACAUCACAGCCCUGCCAAUACCUUGAUUUGAGCCCAGAAAAACGUCCAACCCACAGAACGGUCAAACUUCAAGUGAAGGCCGGCCGCAACAGUGACGCAAGAUGCAGCCAGCAUAGGCUUGGGAGUAAAAGUCCCUCACAAUUUUCGACUGUUGGAAGAACUUAAAGUGGCCAGAAAGGUAGAGGAGAUUGAACAAUUAAUUGGGGUGUAGAAGAUGACAAAGACAUGACACUUACAAGAUGGACAGGGAUAAUAAUUGGGCCUCCAAGAACAGUUUAUGAAAACCAAAUGUACAGCCUUAAAAUAGAAUGUGGACCUAAAUACCCUGAAGAACCCCCCGUUGUAGGAUUUGUAACAAAAAUUAAUAUGAAUGGAGUUAAUAGUUCUAAUGGAGUGGUGGACCCAAGGGCCGUAUUAGUGCUAGAGAAAUGGCAUCGUUCAUAUGGUAUCAAACAUGUCCUGCACGAGCUUCGGCAUCUAAUGCUGACUAGUGAUAAUAUAUCACUCCCUCAGCCUCCUGAAGGGCAGUGUUACAGCAACUAACCAAAAAGAAAACCACAGGCCCACCCCUCCCCCAUUUGAUUUAAGCAGUCUUCAUUUUCCACAGUAGUAAUCUUUCUAGAUACGUCUUGUAGACAUCAAAGUACUGGAAAGGAAGCUCCCGUUCAAAGGCAGUUUAUCUUAAGAUGCUGUAAGUGAUACUAAU